ACAAAGGAUUUUGAGAUUAUUAGGACUAAUAAGUUGAAAUAAAGUCUACAUUUCCUUCUCCCGCGUGUUCUCUUCUUGCCUGGCUUUCUCCUUCUCCCUCACUUUCUCUUCUACUAAGGCAAAGUGCAACCCGACUUUCACUCGUCUCCUUUCUCACUCGCCGUCGCCUCUCUUUCACCGUCGCCGACUGUUCAGGACGCUGUGGUGGUCAGUACAUGUGCAGCGUGCAAGAUUCUGCACCGAGAAAUCGUAUUGGCGCCCUAUUUUCCUCCCUCUGAGUCUCUCAAGUUCCCCUGCUCACUGUAUCAUCCGCAUCUUCGGCAUCUUCGGCGCUACCAAUAUCAUCAAAUAUGACUACUAAAACCGACGGUACCGGAGAAGAGGCUGCUUUUGACAUGCUGCAACCGGAGCGUGACCUUCGGUUGAAUUGGGAAGUCGACCUCGCCCAGAACCUCGAGAGGUAUCUUUUGCAGAUUUGCUCAGGUGAGUUUCAGUGCGAGGAUGAGAACACGGUCAAUUUUGCUGAAGCUGCUCUCCUUCUUCAGGGCUCGAUUCAAGUUUAUAGCCGCAAGGUUGAAUAUCUUUAUUCAUUAGUCUUGCGAGCAUUGGAGUUCAUUUCCGAAAGAAGACAGCCGGAUCACUUGGAAGGGACUUCUAUUGAGGCGGAACAAAAUGGUUCUCGUAAAAUUGAUGAGCACGAGAAUAAUUUAUACUGGGUUUCAGGAGAUGUACCAGUUGAUCCAAAGAAUACCUUGGAGAGUACCAAGGAAGAUGUACAGUUGAAUCAAACGGUAAAGGCUCCUACAAAUUUGGUCAUUCUUGAGGGUGAUUGCUUGGAUCCAUCUGACAAUGGAGAAUUAGAUUCAUACUUGUUGGCCACUGCUAGCAAUAUUUUUCAAGAUUUUAUCAUUUUAGACUUGUGUGACGUCAAAACACUUGAAAGUUCAACCAACAGGUCUCCAUCAACCAGACGUUCUGGAGGAAACAUGCGAAGAUCAUUGUUUAGCAAGACUGAGGGUGAUCAUGCAACUCAAUCACCCAUUGUCAACUAUAGCUUUGUGCAUGAUCCUCCUGUCUGUCAUAUGGAUGUUGGAAAUUCUGAACCAGAGGACUCAAAUGGUUCGGAAGAAGAUGAUGAUCUUUGGAAGCCUUUGAAUCCUCAUGAAUCAGGAAAUUUAAAAAUAAAACCAUUUAAAAAAGUUAAAGCUUUUAAACAGAACUACAAGAAAUCUGGUAAGCAUGAGUCUCUAACAGCUUUGUUUCCAAUGGAAAAACUACAUGGCCCCGUUAGUCAAGAGUUUGCACAUAUUUGGGAAGAGCAGAACCACGAAUCCAAAGCACACAAAGAAUUCAAAUCUGUUCUGCGAAAUUCACUCAUCAAUGAAGAUCAUAAAAGUUGUGAUUCCCUUUCUGAUAUGGAAGAUGACAAUAUUGAUAAUGGUUUUGAAGACGCAAUGCCUGAUGUCAAUCAGCCAGAUAUUGGUGAUCCCAACAAUCAUUUUAUGGAUGAGGCUACGUGUUUUGAGAAUGAAAAGCAUGAUGCUGCGGCUCAUUUUGAUAAUGGUGAAGCGUACGAACCUGAAUUUCCAGAUUCUCGUUCAAGUCUAGAAGAUCUUUGUCGCUCUCAUCUUGAUGCACUCCUUGCAAGCAUUGCUGAGACUGAGAAGCAGACAGAAAUGGCCACUCGAGUCUCUACAUGGAAACAAAAUAUUGAACACAAUUUGGAAGAGCAAGACAAACACCAUUCAUUUGAUAUUCAUGAAUACGGUCAAGCGAUUCUUGAAAAAUUAUCUAGUGAUCCUGACAUAGGAGGUCUCAUGCCUUUCUCUGCCGUUGUUAAAGGGCAGGAAACUUACACUGUGGCACGAAGCUUUUCCGCUCUACUUCAGUUGGUGAACAAUGGAGAUGUGGAGCUGGAAAAGAAUGGGGUUGAUGGGGAGUCGAUUUGCUAUACUAAUGUGAAUCCCUUCCACAUUAGGCUUGUUCGCCACGAGAAACAGGUUGAUAAAACACAUCAAUCCUCAAGAAAGAGGUUUCUGUCCCCAGGUAAAACUAAUACUGUCGAAUCUAGUGUGAGAGACAAGAAGGGAUGAAAGUAGGGAGGGAAGGUGGGUGGCAUAAAGUGGAUUCCUGAAGGCAAAAGGAGACAAAGAUCUUGAUUUAUUGAACCAGUUGAUUAACAUUCUACUGGACGACAUUCUCAUGUACAGUUGACUGUUUGUAUAUUGUAAUUAUGGCAUUGAGCAUCAACCUUUUGUUGGGGACAUAUUUCCACUUCCUCGGUUAGAUUCCUUUAUUUGAUGUAAUUUUCAAUGGCGGGAGAUUGAUGUAUUGAAAGGAAAAGUAUAUAUUAACCAUGUAAUUGUCACUGGUAUUGAUUCUUGUAUUUUCCCUUUUCAUUC